GUUACGUGAAGAGAUCACACAUUCCAGAAAGGCGAGGUUGACCAGAUUGUCUCUCUGCUCUCCCAUGGUACCUCAGUUUCUCGCCACAACAGUUGCUUCAUCCAGGGACAUAAAAGGAUAGCAUGUGCUUGCGUUCAAUGAGAGAACCACAAGGAGACCGUGCAUUUGUAUGCAUGGUUGUACAAAGGAGACCAGACGGCGCAUCGAUGCGGCAAGAUGAGUGAGUGAGAGGGCUUUCGUCUUCUUCGUCUAGCUCCAUCCAACCCCACUCCUGGACCGUUCAAUAAGAGAAGCACUAGUAGGGAGGGACAGAGGCUAAGAAUGGCAGGCGCUUUCUAAUAAUAAAGCGAGUGCCACUCCCUAAUUAUACUCCUCUCUUCCCCUUCGCCACCGGCCCGGGGCCUCCCCUUUUCGGACAGGAUAGAUGACGAUCCAUCGAAACCGAUUCAUGGAUUGCCGAGACCCACAGGAAUCGUCCAUUAUUCGAAGCUAAUCAUUCCGGCGCACAAUCUUGGCUAGCUCAUCCUUUUCCGGCGACACACGCGCUCCGCUCGAGGCCCCGAAAGCUGCACCCUUUACAGAUCGAUCGUGCAUGGCGGCGAGCGCCGGGGCGCAGCUGGAGCGGCGGAGCUCGGUGCGGCGGUCGCAGAGCAUGGUGCAGGAGGAGGACCGGGGCCAGCCGGCCGACGACGAGCUCAUGUUCCGGAGCCAGGGGUCCAACACGGAGCCGUCGGGCGAGCCGCUCAAGAUCGGCGCCGUGCUCGAGAAGGACAGCGGCGCGCCCAAGUCGCGCCUCGCCGAGCAGAGCGGGGGACCUUCCGAGAUGGACCAGAUGAAGGAGAAGUUCGCCAAGCUGCUGCUCGGGGAGGACAUGUCCGGGUCCGGGAAAGGGGUGCCCUCCGCGCUCGCCCUCUCCAACGCCGUCACCAACCUCGCAGCCUCUGUCUUCGGCGAGCAACGGAAGCUGGAGCCCAUGGCGCCGGACAGGAAGGCGAGGUGGAAGAGAGAGGUCGGCUGGCUUCUCUCCGUUGCCGAUCACAUCGUCGAGUUCGUCGCCAAGAAACAAGUCCUGGACAACGGCACCGAAAUGGAGGUGAUGGGGACGCAGCAGAGACGGGAUCUCCAGGCGAACAUCCCGGCGCUGCGCAAACUCGAUACGAUGCUUCUCGAUUACCUGGACAACUUCAAGGAGCGCAAAGAGUUCUGGUACGUGAAGCGCGACUCGUGUUCGGAGAGCGAGAACGAGGAGAGGUCUGACGAGAAGUGGUGGAUCCCGAUCGUGAAGGUGCCCCCCGCCGGGCUGUCCAAGACCUCCAGAGGCUGGCUCCUGCACCAGAAGGAGCUGGUGAACCAGGUGCUCAAGGCGGCCAUGGCCAUCAACGCCAACUGCCUCAUGGAGAUGAACAUCCCGGACACGUACAUAGACACGCUCCCCAAGAACGGGAGGGCCAGCCUCGGGGACGCGCUGUACCGGAUCAUCACGGACGUGGAGUUCGACCCGGACGACUUCCUGUCGACGGUGGACCUGACGUCGGAGCACAAGAUCCUGGACCUCAAGGACCGGAUCGAGGCGUCGGUCAUCAUCUGGAACCGCAAGGUGCACAACAAGGACGGCAAGUCCUCGUGGGGCUCCGCCGUCAGCCAGGAGAAGAGGGAGCAGUUCGAGGAGCGGGCGCAGACGCUGCUGCUCAUCAUCAAGCACAGGUUCCCCGGCAUCCCGCAGUCCACGCUCGACAUCGCCAAGAUCCAAGAGAACAGGGACGUCGGGUUCGCGCUGCUGGAGAGCUACUCCAGGGUGCUGGAGAGCCUGGCGUUCAACGUCAUGUCCCGGAUAGAGGACGUCAUCCAGGCCGACAACCUCGCGAGGGAGAAGGCCAAGAGGGACGCGCCGCCACCGGCGGAGGACGCCGCCGCCGCCGCCGGACGCCGUGACCCCCAGGAGGUCGGCGAGGACGCGAGCGGGACGACCCUGCUGGACUUCAUGGGCUGGACCGGGGACUCGGAGGGGAGGAACGACGACUGCUCGCCCCCGCCGCCGCCGGAGCUGCCGGCGGCGCAGGACGACGGCAGGCUGAUGAAGCUGCCCAACAUCAUGACCAACCUGAAGCAGACGUACAUGGAGAAGCUGGACUUCCUCAGCGGGAACAGAAGCCCCUCAGGUCGCCAUUAGAGACGGCGCGGCACGACACGAGAUUUUGCAUGUAUCGUGUGUGUGGUAGUAGUGUACAUAGUAUAUAUUUUGGAUCAAACUGGGCUCUAUCUUGAGUAGCCCGCCGUGUGGUCUUCCUGAUUUUGCAGGCAAGCGACUCCCUCAUGUACUAUGGUUUAAGGGAUUGAACACUGUAUCAGAGCCAUCAAUAAAUAGAGAGAAUUUAGAGCUACC